ACGACGUUCUUGCGUUUAAAAGCCAAGUACUGUGGCUGUUAUUAAAUAUUGUGACACCGUUGACGUGCAAGAGGACAGCAUAUCAAGAAAAUCAGAUAUUAUUUCUCAGAGUGGACGGCAAGUGGCAGCCAGAGAAUGGCUCAAAUGUUGGGGCUUCUCUCGACGGCUGCUUUGGCUUUACGGAUCGCAGUAAAACCUUGUGUACGCAGUUCAGUGGUGUCGGCAAAGAAUGUAUCUGUGCUGCCCGUCUACCGUGGCUGUUCUGUCAGGGUUGACCGUUUAGAGGUUAUCUACAAACAGUAUGUGAGUCAUUCCAUUACCAGGAGCUGAUGAGAGCCAUGUGUGGUUUAACAUCGGUAGGACACCUUCGAGAGGAACUGGGAGGCAGCUCAAGAUGAGCUGGGUGUGGAGUCCUCUCAUAGGGUACAGCUCAAAACGUGACUGGACAUUAUUGAUGCACGUGAUCCCCACCCUGGGGCUGAUUGGUUUCCUGCUCUUCUCCCUGCGACGGAGACCAAUGGGAGGUGGUGAUUGGACCGCCUUCACCCCAUCCAGCAUAAGGGAAUCACCAGCUAAGAUGAUGGACAACAUAAACACCAAGUUCAAGGAUGUUGCCGGCUGUGAGGAGGCCAAGCUGGAGAUCCUGGAGUUUGUUAACUUCCUGAAGAACCCCCACCAGUACCUGAUCCUGGGGGCCAAGAUCCCUAAGGGAUCUAGUCCUGAAACACCUUUCAAUGUAACGUCGAGGGCGAAAAUGUGUUUUGAUUUUAGAUGUGGUAUGAUGACUUUUCACAACCCAUCACAAGUGAAUGUCCUUUUUUUAGACUUUCAUAUCAGACACCGUUUCAGGUAUUUUAAAUCUCAUGUGUGUUCUCAGGGUGCUGUGCUCUCUGGACCUCCAGGCACAGACAAGACCCUGCUGGCCAAAGCCACAGCAGGAGAAGCCAACGUCCCCUUCAUUACAGUCAAUGGCUCAGAGUUCCUGGAGAUGUUUGUGGGUGUUGGGCCUGCCAGGGUGAGAGACAUGUUUAACGUGGCCCGGAAGAACGCCCCUUGUAUCCUGUUCAUAGAUGAGAUAGACGCGGUGGGCCACAAGAGGGGUGGGGGAGAUUUUGGGGGCCAGAGUGAGCAGCAGAACACUCUCAACCAGCUGCUAGUGGAGAUGGAUGGGUUCGAUACCAGCACUAAUGUGGUUGUCCUGGCGGGUACCAACAGACCGGACAUCUUGGAUCCUGCACUCAUGAGGCCUGGUAGAUUUGACAGGCAGAUAUACAUAGGCCCACCUGACAUCAAAGGCAGAGCGUCCAUCUUCAAAGUGCACUUACAGCCCAUUAAACUGGACCCUGCUAUGGCCAAAGACGGAUUGGCCAGGAAGAUGGCUGCCACCACACCAGGCUUCACUGGAGCCGACAUAGCUAACGUGUGCAACGAAGCUGCCCUAAUCGCUGCUAGACACCUCAACCCACAUGUGGAAGGAAGACACCUUGAGCAGGCCAUCGACAGGGUCGUCGGCGGUCUUGAGAAGAAGACCCAGGUGCUGCAGCCCAAUGAAAAGAAGACUGUAGCAUACCAUGAGGCUGGACAUGCAAUAGUGGGCUGGUUCUUGGAACAUGCUGACCCACUGCUGAAUGUGUCCAUCAUCCCCAGAGGGAAGGGGUUAGCCCACUACAUUCCCAAGGAGCAGUACCUGUACACGUGGGAGCAGCUGUUAGACAGGAUGUGUAUGAUGCUGGGAGGACGUGUGGCUGAACAGGUCUUCUUUGAGAAAAUCACCACAGGAGCUCAGGAUGACCUAAAGAAGGUCACCCAAUCAGCCUAGGCACAGGUACUGCAAGGAUCAUCAACUAGAUUAAGCCGCGGGACUUUUUUCUGGAGCGGAUGGUCAAAUUGACAGCAAGAAGCCCAAACAGAUGUUUGACUAAAACAUAAUCAUUUGAAACCUUCCUUAUACUUUGUAUCCUAUCACGUCUCUCUAUACUUGGGAACAGAUGUCUUAAGUCAGUCACUUUGCGCUUGUUUUCCUGAUGUUUUUACAGUCAUGUCCAACAAUGUAAAUUCCACACAAGGUUAUCUUUCUGGAUUUCGCCUAUCGGAUAGGAUUAAAUGCGUAGAAAUAGGAGUCCCCAUUCAAGUCAAUGAUUUGUCUGUUCUAUUCAUUCUAUUUCUAUGCAUUUAAUAAUCUCUUAUAGGUGAAACCUAGAUGACUUUUGAAAAACUGUGCCCAGAGCUUUUUAAAUGACUCCCCAGAUAGUCAAAAAAGCAAUGGUCACGAUUCAACAGUGUUGAUAGGAAUUUGUUUUGGGAAGUGUUGCUUUGUCAUAGUACCUGUUCUAUUUAUGAUUCCACACACAUCACUUCUGCCCUCCAGGUAGUGCAGUUCGGGAUGAGUGAGAAGGUAGGCCAUGUGUCGUUUGACCUGCCUCAGCAGGGGGAGAUGGCAACGGUUAAACCUUACAGCGAGGCCACGGCAGAGCUCAUAGACCAGAAGGUCCGAGACCUGGUGGACAGCGCCUACCAGAGGACCAUGGAGCUCAUUAUGGACAAGAGGGAGUGUGUGGACAUGGUGGGGAAGUAUCUCCUAGAGAAGGAGGUCCUGUACAAGGCGGAGCUGCUGGAGCUGCUGGGGCCACGGCCGUUUAAGGAGAAGCUGACAUAUGAGGAGUUUGUGGCGGGGCUGGCAGUUUUGAAGAGGACACCAGCCUGCCAGAGGGCCUGAAGGACUGGAACCAGGAGAGUGAAUGGAGUUGAGGAGCCUGCCCCAGUUAAGGCGAAACGGGACCAAUAGGCAGGACAUCCAGUGACUGGCGACCUCUUAACCUAAAACCUGUCUGCUUGGGGUUAUUGUCUUGCUGGAAGAUCCACUUGUGGCUAAAUUCAAGCCUCCUGGCAGAGGCAACCAGGUUUUUGGCUAAAAUGUCCUGGUACUGGGUGAAUUUCACUGCACCAUUGACCUUUUAAUAUUUUACACAAGGUAUGGGGUUCAUUCUUUUGACACCAAAGCACCAUGGGUGUGCGUGGCCAAACAGCCUCAGUAUUUUUAUAUUUUCUCAUCUUUAUCAAGGGUGCCUAUAAUUUUGGACCUCACUGGACAUCUGCACCAUAAGACUAGAUUGUUUUGAUAUGUUCAGCUAUUUAUUUAAAAAGGGACUUCCUCCCUGUAAAAUGAAAUUCACAACUGUAUUUGUUUCCUUCCCUCAAAUGAAGGCUACAUUUCUAAUCUUGUUCAUCUUUAUCUACCAAUGACAGAGUUACUGGUUAUGAAAGAUGCACUGCAUGAGUAUUAAUAUCGUAGUUCAUCAAAAUGCCAGAAAUGUACUUCUUUCGAUGUGUGGAAAUUUGCCCUGCCUCCAUCUCUCAGGCUUGCAAUCGUAGGGUGUGAAAGCUUAAAGGGAUACUUCAGGAUUUUGGCAAUGAAACCCUUCAUUUAGUUUCCAGAGUCGGAUUAAUUGUCUGAUUGCAGUUUAAAGAAAGUUGCUAACUAGCAUUAGUGCAAUGCCUGGAAGUCUAUGGUAACUGCUAGCAUGCUAGUAGAUCCCAUAGACUUCCAGUCAUUGCACUAAUGCUAGUUAGCAUUGGCUCGCGAAACUACCUCUACCUUCUUUCAUACUGGAUGCAGAGACAUAAAUGGUGUCCGUGAGUUCAUCAGACUCCGGCGACGUAGACAAAGGGCUUCAUUGUUCAAAAUCCCGAAGUAUCCCUUUGACCACAAAUUAUAACUGACUAUGCUCAGCGAGUUUGUUUUUAAGGAUGCUAUGCUGCUCCAGGAGAGUGCUGUUGAAAAAUGUACAGUAGCGCACAUCUCCUACAGAAUUAUAAACUAUUUACUACCUCACUUCAAAGCGACGUAUUAAACUCAAUUACCUUCGUAUAGGUUUGUGAAAAUUUCCUGUGUCAGUACUUACAAAUGUUUCCAUUUUAACUGAUCAGCACGGAAGAUUCCUAAUAGUUUAUAAUUAUUGAUUUAAUACUCCAGUAUUGUAAAUAGGUUUGCAUAAAAUGUAUGUGUAGUUUCUGGUGGUUUUGGAUUGUGUGCACUUACCACUUUAACAGGCAAAUUUACCUUAUGUUCUCCAAUUACUGGGGGACAGAAAGUAGUUGUCCAUUUGGAUUAAAAAUAAGAUGCUGUGUAUGAAGGCAAUGGGUAUACUACCAUGUAUCAAGCACGUUUGUUUACCAUGUACCAACCAUCUGCUUGUAAUUUCAACUUGUAAUGUUACUUUCAAUAAACUGUUCUCAUUUGAUUUUGA